AUGAUCGAAUGCGAGGACUUUGACCUCGACACUGGUUUCUACCUGAUCUUCAUGCAUUCGCUUUCUGUUGUGGCAGUUCCUUUGAAUGUACUGAGUAUAUUCUGUAUUCUCUACAAGUCAACGAAGCAAAUGGGGUCUUAUAAAUGGUAUUUGCUGGUCUACCAGCUGACAUCGACCGUAUUCGAUCUCUUUUACCUGGCACUCACUUUGCCGAUAAUAUUCUUCCCAAUACCAAUGGGUUAUCCUGCUUCAUGGAUUGCGCCAUGGAUUUCCAUCACCACACCACUUUUCAGUUCUCUUGGUUGUUUACAUAGGCGCCACCACACCCGCAACCUCCCACUCGCCCUUGACGACAUCUCCGUUACGUAG